UUGUUUCUGGUUUGUUUUUCUCACCUUUUCGCAGGCCGGAAUUUUGGGUGGUUGGGUAAUUGUUUCAUUUUUUUUUGCUUGGCCAGCGCGUAAAAUGUUGAAACUGUUCCGUGCGCCUAGCCGGCUCGGGAUCGUUGCCCGAGGGCCGCUUUCCGUCGGCCGGCGCACCUUCCUGUCGGACGCGUACCAGUGCCGGGAGGCGUGGAAUGCCCGGCUUGCCACACCGCUGCUCGAGAAGAUCAACCUGGACACGCUGUACUACGAUCUGGAGCAGCGGUUCCAGCAGCGGAACAAAAUCUCCGCCAUCGAUAUCGACAUCUACGCGAACAAGCUGGUGGACGAGUCGCACGUCGAGGAGUUGGCCGAUCUGCUGUACAAGUUCCGGCUGACGGAGGAAACGUCCAGCACGCUCGACUCGACGCACCAUGCGCUGGUGCGCAACUAUCUCGACCACCGGUGCUACGGCCAGCUGAUCGAGGUGCUGAACAAUCGCAUCGGGUACGGUGUGUUUUUGGACGAGUACAGUGCCAACCUGACGCUGGACCAGCUGCUCAAGGGGAAGGAGUUUCGGUAUGCGGCUCGAGUCGCCACACUGCUAGCGCUGCAGGAAGAUUUUUCCAACCCGAUUACCAAAGCGCUCGCGCUGUACAGUUGCUACCGGUACGCGAAGGCGCCCGAUGCGGAGCAUUUCGACGAUUUGGCCCCGGCCGACCAGGGAGCUGGGGAGGCGGCUGAGGGACAGAAGAAGAAAAAGAAGGAAGAGAUCAAGGUGCGAGUAAAGUUCCUGCGCAACGAGUACUUCGACGACCAUUUCGAUCUGACCGACAGUCAGCUGCUGCUGGGAAAGACGUUCGUGGAGCUAGGGCGGGCGUUCGGUGGCGCUGGCAGUGUGAUUGGCACGAGCUGCGAGCUGCUCGGGCUGACGAUGUACAGAAAGUACGAGCAGGCGUGUGAGUUUGUGAAGCAAAACGCGGGGAAGGAGUUGAACGAGGAAGCGCUGCAAAUGAUCCGCAGCACGCUGGAGAAGGAGCCAAACAAGGAGGAUGAACAGUUGGUGGCAUUUACGGAGGCGGUUGAUAAACUGGAGGCGAGCAUGAAGAUCGGCAAGGACAGCUUCGAAAAGCUAAUCCUCGAGCAGGUGAAGCAGAGUGUGGGAGAGCAUGAAAAGCAGCAAAUCGAGGCACAGGCGAAGCUCUACACGGAGUGGUGCAAUCUGCGGCAGCAGCGGGUCGACGAGGAGCUGGAGCGGAUGCAGCGAGCCAAGCGACUGCAGGAGAUCGAACAGCUUGCGGUGGAGAUGGAGAAGGAGGAGCAGAAGCUGUGGUUCUUCGAGAACGAGGACAAGAUCGACCUGCAGAUCGACAGCAAGCGGGUGUUCUAUCCGAAGCGGUGGUUCGGCAAGAAGAAGAAGCCCCGCACGGUCGAUGUGGAUUACGUGCCGCCGGAAGUUCGACAGAGGAAUUAAGCGGUCGUUUUGUGCGAUGGUUCCGUGCUUUGCGUAGUGUAUGAAUAUAAAUUGAUUUUAAACUUA